CCGGCCACCGCGCUCUGCUCUGCUGAGAAAUCCACAGCGGGCUUUGUAGUGGAGGCUUUCGCUGGAACGGCCGAGGCUGUGGACCCCCGAUUCGCGAAGACGUCACCGCCCCCAGCACAGCAGCCAGCACUACCAGCUGACGACAGCUGCAUUCUUUCCCUUUACAACUCCCUCAUCCAAACAAACUCAUCUCAACACGCAGUUGUGCUACAAAAAAAGAACAGUCGUCAUUGCAAUUGCUUCUAAUAUUCUUUAGUAAACGCAUCUAACAAAAACCCUACCUAGCCGUAUUUUCGUAGGCCACGAGCUACGCCACGCCAAAUCAUGGCCGAUCCUGCGUCGUCCACUGAAUCUUCCACCCCGCCCAAUCCGCUUGCCAAUAGCCCAACAUGGUACAUCUACGCUAAAGCUUACGCUCUGCGCUAUGCUGCCAGCUUUGGAAUUGGAUACUAUAACAGAAUUGCGCCCGCUGCGCCUGUCCCAACCAAAACAAUCCAUCUGGACUCUACGCUUGGAGAAUACAAAGGCACUGCACAAAUUCCCACUGAGGUCUGGGUGCCAUCCAAGCCCACCACUGGUUUGCGGCCGGCUGUGAUAAACUUCCAUGGAGGAGGGUUCAUUCUUGGCUAUGGUGUUGAUGAUGCCAGGUUCAUGGGAGAGGUAAUGGAGUCGCUGGACGCUGUCGGGUUCACUGUCAACUAUCGCUUGGCGCCGGGAUACCCAUACCCGACGCCCAUUGAGGAUUGUGUGGACGCUAUUUUGCAGAUUACUGCUCGUGCCGAAGAAUUUGGCGUAGAUCCGUCUCGUAUCAUACUUUCAGGAUUUUCUGCUGGCGGCAACUGUGCACUCGCAAGCUGGACCGUUUUGCAGGAUCCCGCCCAGUGGAACUACACCUUUGCCACGGAGCCACCCGCCAUUGUUGGCCUUGUCCUUUUCUAUCCAGUGCUGGACUGGACCAUUAGUCGAGUUGUGAAACGUGAGGCCUCUGCUCGACCAGAUCUCGCUCUUCAGCCUUAUUUGACCGACCUCAUCGACAUCUCGUACUUCAAUCCACCACUUCCACACGCCAAUCGAACAGACCUGCGAGUCUCCCCCGCGCUGAUGCCAGACGCUAUUGCUAAGAAGCUGCCACCCAUCCAUCAAUGUCUCUGCGAAUACGAUAUGUUGUUGCAGGAAGGGCAAGCGUUUACGAAGCGGUUACAACAACUAGAUAAGCCAGUUACUGAGCGCCUAGUUAAAGAGGCUGUACAUGCGUGGGAUAAGCCUCCCCCUAUGGAGUAUAAGAAGACCGCCCAAGAAGAAUACGCUGCGGCGAUAGAGUCCAUAGCCGAUUGGCUCGGUAUUGACUACAAGGCAGAUGAGUAAUAGUCUUGUUUUUAGGUCAGCCGACUCAAAACUCCGGCAUAUGGGCCCGCGAAUUGAUGAACUGAAGGAUCAUGGUAAUGUUUAAUCUGGCGUCGGUGUAUAUGUGAUUUCGGGUACUUGAUUGACAUAGGCUAAAGCUAAUAAUACAAAAGGAAUACAUACUGAUACGUGGCACAAAUUAUGCAAAAACAAGGCAAUUAGGUACGCAAGCAAACCCAUCAGACAAUUAUUCUGGCAACUCAAAGAAACGGACAUCGCGUGCAAAGUGGUCACUCGUCCAGUUGGUAUAAGAGCAGACAAACCAUGCCAGCCAAUCCCACGCAACGAGACCCAACCAGCUCGUCGGGCCUUUAGUUUGAAAUCUGCGCAUUGUGGUGAUAUACAGCGUGUCGAUAUCUUUGCGACGCAGCUGUUCAUAGUCAGCCAGCAUCUGCGGCACAGUUCGAGAGUCACGUCGCGAUAAGACAUGAGCCAUCAAUAUGCCAUCUUCAAUGGCAACGCCGGUGCUCUCGCCUUGCGGAGGCAUCUAAAAAAGGCGUUAGAGGUCUGAAAGUAAGAUAUGCAAAAAUGGAUAGAAUACUGCUUACAGCGUGCGCGGCGUCUCCGAGAAGCUGCACUCUACCCUUUGACCAACGGCCGCCUGGUGAGAGCAUGUAUAUGGGGAAGAAGAACCACUCCUGACAUCGAUCAAGAAUAUCGGGUAGGCAUUUGAGUGGGCCAUUCUUGUAGUUAUCCAAAAUGGACUGCUUGAUGCCCUCCUUGUCGGCUCCUAGGACUGACCAGCCUUCUCUUGAGCCACCCGACGGCUCUGGGGUGGGAGUCAAAGACGCAAGGUACAGCGCAUCCCGUUCUUCUGGUUUUUGGAAAUAAGUUACAAGCAAAGAAUUGCUGCCAUUCUGGAUCAGAGUUGUAUCUUUGAUAAGUGGUUCACCAUCAGAGCGAGUCCAUCUUGUCGCCUCUUCUGGAGUGACCUUGGCAUAGCCGUAGGCAUUGCUGCGGCCCGCGUACGUUUUCUCUCUCUCCGGAUCAACAAGUGCGGUGCGAACCUGGGAGUGAAUACCAUCGCAUCCAAUGAGGAGAUGCGCGUCUGCGGUGUGCUCCGCACCGUUUUGCGUCCAAGCCACGCGUACUCCCUCGCUGCUACUGUCUUCAGACCCAAAUUGUUCCAUGGUAGUGAUCUUGGCUCCAUACACUAUGGUAACAUCGCCAUCAUCUGAUGACUGUUCUUUCAAAGCGGCGAGGAGACCCUCAACUAGCGUUUGGCGCAGGAUGCGGAUAGCGUCGACACCGGGCCAGAGCUUAACCAGUAUAUUCCCGAGGCGAUGACCGACAAGUUCGAUGGCGCUUACAGGGCUGCUUGCCUCUCUUAGUGCUUUCCCAGCGCCCAGUGAGUCAAGAUAUCGCAGAGCCAGAGGUGUGAGGUUGAUGGCGCCGCCAAGCGUCUGCACAGAAUCACGCCUCUCAAGAACGGUGAUGCGUACCGGAGAAGCUGUGGUGGCAUCAUUCUUGCGCUGAUGAAUGAGGGCCAGUGCUGUAGCGAGACCUGCGGGACCAGCGCCAACAAUGACGAUUUUGAAGGGCGAUGGUGCCAUGACGAAUUUCUUUGUUCUCGUAUUAGAGUCUACAGAAGAGGGGAAAUUCAGAACCCUUUUGUAUAUUUUGAGCGGCGUCAUGAUAUACUUCAGCCGCACGACGCCCGUUGCGCGGCGUCAGCGUUCGUCGCAUUGAAUCCGACGCAGCCCUACCAGUGGUUGACGAUCUCGCUGUGGAGCCUCGCAUCGGAAGCAUCGUGUCUGUGUAAGUCAAGUUUGCUUUAAUGGGCCCAAUUUGCGUGGUAUAUUCAUAGCUUGCUACGGAAAAUAGAUGCAUCUCAGUGGAGAAAUUCCUUUAACAAUGCCUACAUAGUAGCCCUGGCCUUAGUAACCUAGCCAAGCCCACCCUCGCGAGCAUCUUGUCCUUCAGACGUAGAUGAAGAUGCGAUUGCUCUUCCGGAUGGCGUCUUAAACACAGCACUUCCAGCUGUCGUCUGGGCAUCCAAAGUCCCAGAACACAGGGCGGUAGCCGCCUGGGCAGUUGGGAAUAGCACAGAUUGCGGGCUUGCGAGGAGUGCCCUGCUGGUAGCAGCCUACGCCUUGUGCAGGAGCAGCGCUUUCAAUUUCAGCUGACUCGGCAGGAGCAGCAGAUACUAAAGGGAAUGAGAUGAGAUGAGGAGUAUGGAAGUGGGAAUAAGAAAGGGAUUUACGUACUAGUGGCAGCAAGACUAACAUAUGUGGUUAACUACAGGUGUAAAUGCAGUUGUGUGGACGACAAUACUUACGCCAGAGCAGCAAGAAUGUCGGUG